UUUUCAUGUUGCUCACAGACUGGCUUUUCUCAGUUUCACUUGAGGAUUGACUGCAACUGUUACGAGGAGAGAGAGAAAGAGAGAAAGAAAGAUAAAGAGAGUGAGAAAAAGACAAAAAGACUCAGACAGAGGAGGAGACAGUGAAUGCCAGACCAGAGCAGGGACAGAAACUGAGAGCCAGUGAGUGACAGUCAGAUAGACAGAGAGAUAGAGUGCGAGACAGACAGAUAGAGGGCGAGUGAAAUAGACGGAGAGACAGAAAGAGACAGUGUCAAGGAGAGAAGGGAAAGCAGAGAUAGAGAGAGAGAGAUUAUAUGUAACAGGAGCUGGGUCAGAAGGGUUUUGACAAUCGGCUAGUGGGAUCAGCAAAAUUGCAUUCCUGUAAGACUGUUGUGUUGUCAGCUCUAGGACUGGUUCCGAAUCCUGUCUGACAGUGUUUGGAGGUAGAGCAGAGAUAGACACAGCAUUCAAACAGAGCUUGCCAGCCCUUGCCCUGGGUUGAGAGAAAGGGAGGCACGGACAGUGGAUACAAUGUGGCUGGCAGCUCUUGCUCUGAAUUUACUUUGGGUUUCAGUCAGUCUGACUGGCCCCAGCAGCCAAUGGCGAAGAGCAGACAGUCCACGUGGCCACUAUCACCGCGUCCAACAUGGGCAGUGCAGCUACACCUUUGUCCUGCCUCACCCAGGCCACUGCGGAACCAGCAUGCAGCAGCAGGACACCAACGCUCUCCAACGGGACGCCCCACCCAGUGAACCAGAAACCUCCUUCCAGAAACUCCGCCAUCUGGAGACAGCCACAGAGAACAACACCCAGUGGCUGCUGAAGCUUGAAGGCUACAUCCAGGAUAGCAUCAGGUCUGAGAUGGCUCAGAUGCAGCAGAGUGCUGUGCAGAAUCACACAGUGACCAUGUUAGAGAUUGGGACACACCUCCUGAGCCAGACAGCUGAACAAACCCGCAGGCUCACUGAUGUAGAAGCACAGGUUUUAAAUCAGACAUCGAGAAUUGAAAUUCAACUGUUGGAAAACUCCCUUUCCACUAACAAACUGGAGAAACAGCUGAUACUGCAAACCACUGAGAUCAAUAAAAUACAGGAGCGGAACCGUCUUUUAGAGAGGAAGGUCUCGGACAUUGAAGCCAAACACCGGACCGAGCUGGGCUCAAUGAGGAAGGAGAAGGAGCUGCUCCAGCAGCUAGUGGGUCACCAGGUCAAUGCCAUCCGGGAGCUCGAGAAGCGCCUGCUCACAGCCAGCAGCAACAACAGUGGCCUCCAACAGCAGCAGCUCAAACUCCUCGAGACUGUUCGUCACCUCAUCAGCCUCAUCACCCAGGGCAAAGCUGUUGGUAAAAAGGAAGAUAAGAUCUUCAGAGAUUGUGCAGAUGCCUUGCAAUCUGGGGCCAAUGUGAGUGGGAUUUACACAAUCCACAUUGAGAACAUGACAGAACAUCGGAAGGUUUACUGUGACAUGGAGACCAGUGGUGGGGGCUGGACUGUUAUACAGAGGAGGGUGAAUGGCAGCACAGACUUUCAGAGGAACUGGAGGGAAUAUAAAAUGGGUUUUGGAGACGGAGCAGGCGAGUAUUGGUUGGGGAAUGAGGCCAUUUAUCUGCUGACCAGUCAACGGGUGCACUCGUUACGGAUCGAGCUGAGGGACUGGGAUGGAAACCAAGUCUAUUCCUUAUAUGAGAAGUUCCACUUGAGCAGUGAGAAGCAGAAUUACAGGCUUUUCCUGAAAGGAUACAGUGGAACGGCAGGACAUCAGAGCAGCCUGGCUCUUCAUGGAGCAAGUUUCAGCACCAGAGAUGCUGACCAUGACAACUGUCACUGCACAUGUGCCCUGAUGUUAACCGGAGGGUGGUGGUUUGAUGCCUGUGGACUGUCCAAUUUGAAUGGGAUGUACUACACAGUCGGAAACAACAUCCGAAAACUCAAUGGCAUCAAGUGGCAUUACUUCCGGGGUCCCAGUUACUCGCUGCAGGCGACCAGCAUGAUGAUCAGGCCUUUGGACUUCUGACUUUGGUGGUGGGCAGUGCUCAUGAGGAAGGUCGGACAACAUGCCCUUUCUUUUCAGAGAGAGAGAGACUGGCACAGACACAAGUUGGCUUGGUGGUUUUGUCGAGCCAAGGAGGGGCCCAGCAGGGAAUCUCUGUUCUGAGAAUGGCCAAAAGUGAAGAUGAUUUUGAAAACUAACUUCAAAGGAUCUCCUGCUCAGAACUAAUUCAAUUCAAAAGCUUAAGAAUGACUUUUACACAGAUUGUUUGUGACUAAUUCUGAGUAUUAAUGGGCAUUUUACAUACGUUUAAGCAGUGUACAUGUGUUUAUGAUAUUAGAAACAGAUAGAUCCUUUACUUAAAUUAAAAAUGUUCACUGUAAUUUCAACAAGGAAGUGGGACCCCUGAAAGUAACAGAUUCCAAUUGGCUCAAAAUCCUGGCCCAGACGAUUGUGAAAAGAAUUUUUGGUUGGAAUUAAUAGAUUUUCACUUUCUUGCAGGAUCAAUUCUAUCCCUGUAUUCCUCACUAUCUUCCCCAUCCUCUUCCCUCCCAAAAUAUAACUGGUUAAAGCCAAUGGGCAUAUAGAGGAGCAACAGAAGUGAUUUUAGGUUGUUGUGGCAAGAAGCCUACAUAGACUUGAUGGCCUCUGUCAUCAGAUUCAAACGUUCCAGUAACCCACACUUUUUGUAAGACCAUACCUCUUAUAAAAUACAUCACAAUGGACUUCAGAAACAGAAAUAAAUGGAGAAUAUUAUCUCUGAGCUAAAACAAGAGAAAUCAGCAGAGUUGAACCACAGACCGGCUGAAUAAAUAACUCAGCAGAAAGCAAUAAAGGAACUGAAAGGUGAGAUGUUAUUGGGGAUGCAGAGGAGAGGGCAGAGCUGGCUGUCUGUAGUAGUUAGGGUGAAGGGAAAGAGGAGCACACCAGAUGCCAAGAUCAAAGGGCUGUAGCGUAGAGAGGGCCUUCAGGCUGGGGAAGGUUGCAGAGAAAAGCAUGAGGAAACCCUAUGGAGAUUCAGGACAAGGCCCAGAAUUAAUUUGUUGAGGGACAAGGAGCAUCAGGAUUUCUUGUGCACAUCAGGGGCUGGAAUGUCAGAUGAACUAGACUUUGUGUACUUGUAUUGGACAUUAUUGUUUAUCUUUUGUUCCCACUGACUCAUUUUGCCCUGCGUACUGACACUGACAGGGGUUCAAGUCAUUGCUAUGAUGCCAGAGCAGACCACCAAAUUUAUGUUGCAAUCUGUUUUGGGAAUAGUAAUAUCUUUCAAAACAGACAAAGUGUGAGAUCCCAGGGAUUCACUAAGUCUACAAGAUACAGGAGCAGAAUUAGGCCAUUUGGCCCAUCAGGGCGGUUUUAUCAUUCGAUCAUGGUAUUACAUUUUUCAAUCUUAUUCUCCCCAUGACCCUUGAUCCCCUUACUAAUCUAGAAUCUAUCUAUCUCUGUCUUAAAUAUAGAGUCAUAAAGUCAUUCAGCACGGAAACAGACCGUUCGGUCCAACCAGUCCAUGCUGAAUAUAAUCCCAAACUAAACUAGUCCAAUCUGCCUGGACCUGAUCCAUAUCCCUCCAAACCUUACCUGUCGUGUACUUAUCGAAAUGUCUUUUAAACACUGUAAUCAUACCCACAUCCACCACUUCCUCUGAAAGCUUCUGCUAUGUUAAAAAAAUUUGCCCUCCUGUCUUUUCUCUCUUCUCGCACCUUAAAAAUGUGCCGCCUAGUCUUGAAAUCCCCAAUUUGUAAAUGGGGAAAGGCUAUGGAAAUCUAAAACACAGAGGAACCUGGGAGUCCUAGUUCAGGAUUCUCUUAAAGCUAAAAUGCAGGCUCUGUUGGCAGUUAGGAAGGCAAAUGUUUUGCUCAAUGAAUUGGCCCCACAGCUCUCUAUGGCGAUGAUUUCUAUAGAUUAACCACCCUCUGACAGAAGAAAUUCCUCCUUAUCUCAGUUCUAAAGGGUUAUCCCUUCCCCCUGAGGCCGUACCCUUGAGUCCUAUCUCCUCUACUAGUGGAAGCAUCUUCUCUACAUCCACUCUACCCAGAUUUCUCAGUAUCCUGUAAGUUUCAGUUUCAUCCUUCAAAACUUCAUCAAGUACAGACCCAGAGCCCUCAUAUGACAAAUUCUUCAAUCUUGGGAUCAUUCUUGUAAACCUCCUCUGGCCUUCCUCCAAUGCCAGUACAGCCUUGCCUAGAUACAGGGCCCAAAACCGCUCGCAAUAUUUUAAAUGCAGUCUGACCAGAGCCUUAUACAGCCUCAGCAGUACAUCCUAUCCUUGUAUCUGCCCCUCUUGAAAUGAAGUCAACAUUACAUUUGCCUUCCUAACUGCGAAUUGAGCCUGCAUGUUAACCUUACAGAAUCCUGAGCUAGGACCCCAGAUUCCCUUUAUGCUUCAGAUUUACAAAGCCUUUCCCAUUUAGAAAAUAUGCUAUGUCUAUGUUCUUCACAUCACAAAGAGAAGAAGGUUAUAGUUUUCCACAUUUUUGAACAAACAAUAUAAAUUUUAGUAUACAAAGCCAGAACAGUAAAUCAAUGUAUAAUAUAUGUCCAAUUUAUAUUCUAACACAUGGAAUUAGCAUGAUGUAAGCAUGGGUAACAGACAAACUGUGGUUGAACAUCCCAAAGAGCACUUCAAAUAAUAGUUAAGGUAGAUACCAUAGAUUUCUCAGCAAUCUAUCCCCACCAACAUUAGUGACACUGUGGGUCACCAAAUCUCCUAAACAUUUUACACUUGAUUCAAAUUCUUCACUCUCGAAGACCUAGUUUCAGAACUGCCUCAAAAACCAUCCUAUCAUGCAUUGUUUCAGUGACUGCUCACACACUGACAGCUCACUCUCCUUUUCUGUGACUGCAAACCCCUGGAUUCUGGAAACUGUACUGCUGACCUCACUCGCUGGUUCCCACUUUUCUGCAGCUUCACCAUGUUGGUACCGCCCCUGGGUUUCUCCAAAUUCCAAUUUUUAUCAGCUACGCCAAGUAAAUACUGCUUGCGGCCUUCCUUCACCCCACUCUCAGCUACACUGAGCUAUUAUUAGUUCACGGGUUUCUUCUGAACCACCCCCACAGCUCUCAGGGACAUUUCUGAACACUAACCAGAAAAUUUAUUAGCACCCACUGGCUUUUGUGGCUGCUCUGAGCGUUAGCUGCAUGGACAGCUCAUGGAAAUUCUUCCUGAGCCUCAAUUGCACCAGCCACCAUCUCAGCAGUAGAGCUAACAGCAGUACUUUCCCUGGAUGGAACCUAUUCCUGUGUGGUCCUCUCCAUCUGACUUUGACUGACUGUUCAGUAAACUUUGAACUGCUCUGAGUGAUCUAAUGGGAUUCUUGCAAAAAGCCCUUCCUGUGUUCCUAGGCACUACGGGAGAUAGUGUCUAUUGCAACACUACAUUCCCUAAAUGUUACCUUCACAGAUUGCUGGAUAACUCAGUACAAAUGGAUACAAGAAAUGGAUUACAUCGCAACAGCUCUUGAAAAUAGUGAGCGUUUUUUAAGUUGGGUAACAACGACACUUCUUGAAGAUGGCAGGCUUUGUCUCAAAUAUCUCACAGAUCACGGCCUAUGGAUUUCUCAAAAAGCCUCUUGAAACAUUAGGCAGCCAGAAAGUUUGGAAGUUCAAGAGAAAUGAGCAUUAACUAUAAGCUCUGACACUCCCAGGACAGUUAAAACUGAAAAUUGUGAUCUUGUCACGCUCUUAGGUCAGUGUAAACUGUUCCAUAUUGUGUGCACGUUGAGUUUAAAACAUUUGGGGACAUCCUAUGGGCCUUUCUUUUAAUCUGAAGUUCCAACUCACCAAUGACAUUUGCCAGGAGACUGUGCAAGUCCUGUUUCCCACACUGCGCCCUCACUGAGUCUGAAGCCUACCAUUAAAUUCUGCAGCAAAUUGUUGCUUUAGCGCCUUGAUGGAAGGGAGAUUUCCCAAAGUAACCUUACAGCCCCUCACUGGUGCACUUAGUAAAUGAGCUGGCGAAGCAGCAGAGGCCAGCGACUUCAGUACAGCAAUGAAUCAGAUCCUUGUGUCAGGCUUCAUAACUCAAACGGUGAUUGCAGGCAUUCAUUUAGGAUAAAAUACAAUCACAGUGAGAUCGCUGAACACAACAGCAAAUGUUAAAGGCAGUAACACUCUUUUUUUUAGAAUUCAUUACUGGGAUGAGGUCAUUGCUGGCCAGACAGCAUUUAUUGUCCAUGCCUAAUUGCCUAAAGUCAACCAUAUUGCUGUGGAUCUGGAUCACAUGGAGGCCAGACCAGGUAAGGGUGAAGAUUCCUUCCCUAAAGGACAUCAGUGAACCAGAUGGGUUUUUCCAACAAUCAACAAUGGAUUCACAGUUAUCAUUAGACUCUUAAUUCCAGAUAUUUUAUUGAAUUCAAAUUCCACCAUCUGCCACGGCAGGAUUCAAACCUGGGUCCCCAGAACAUUAUCUGAGUCUCUGGAUUAACAGUCCAGCCAUAAUACUCUGGUGGGGGAGGGAAGGAUAUCUCUGGACAGCUUGGAAUGGUUUAUAUUUAGAAUGAAGCUUCCUAAUUAUUUUGUGGCAAUUGUUCUACUUCACAAUCAGUUAAGUUUUAAUCUUAAAAAAGAAACAAAAUGGCAUUUGGAUUUUUGCUUUGCCAUGGCAGAUAUUAUUCUUAACAGUCUCAUACUCUCUCUCACAUUCUCUGUCUCACACACUCUCAGAUUUUCUCCCUGUUACACUCUCACUCUCUCUCUCACACCGUCUCUCUCACAUUCUCUCUCUCUCUCUCAGUCUCAUUCUCUCUUACAUACUAUCAUUCUCACUUUUUCAUUGAACUCCUGGAACUCCAAUUCUAGAUCUCCAGCUCCAAAAUACUGUUGAGUCUGAGGCUCAAUUGAAGUUUCUGAAAAUGGGAUCCAAUAAGGUUUGUUGGGAAAGUUAUCCAGCAUUAUGGAACUAAGACAAGUCAAUGGGCUGAGGUACAGACCUAACUGUAGACCAAGCUAGCCAAAGCUGAAUGGCCUCCUUCUGUUCCAAUGACACUUGGGCAUCAUCACAAUUGAUGUUAAUCUGAUGUGGUGGGCUUCUCGCCCUCCUUAUAGAUAGGAACCUGGUGAAAUUUAAAUUUGAUGACCAAAUCUGGGUUUGAAAACUAAUCUCGGUAAUGGUGACCAUGAAACUAUCUUUGAUUGCUGUAAAAACCCAACUGGUUCAAUAAAGUCCUUUAGGGAAGGAAAUCUGUCAUCCUUAUCUGGUCAGGCUUCAAUGUGACUCCAGACCCAUCAGAACUUGGUUGAAUCCUAAAUACCUUCUGAAGUGUCCCUAGCAAGCUACUCAGCUCAGGGCCCGUUAGGGAUGGGCAAUGAAUGCCUGUGAUGGCCACAGAUGAUGAGAAAGGGCUGCUGGAGUCACAGUUCAAUACAGAACACAUUAGUGCAAAUUGACAAUAAGCUGCCAAUCAUCUCCAGAGAGACCACGUCAUUGGCUAAGUUUUUGUGGAGGGAACUACACUCAGCAGACUCACCAUAGUACCUGGUCUGAAAGUGGAUUGGCAAUGCCUCAAGAUGACCCUAGAUUCUCCAGGAAUUAAAGAUUACUCUCUUGGGUACUGCUGUGAUCAGUAGGAAAAAUCGAAGGGGCACUAAACUAAAUGGAAGCAUUCUAACUUUGGCAAAAUGUUUUUGUUCACUAGCAAUGAGAAUAAUGGACGCGGUGAAAAAAUAGGCUGGAAUUAUCCAAUCAGGUAAGGAAGAAACAGCUCAACGUUCAAUUGGUCAUGGAAAGGUGGGGAUCAUGGUGAUGAAUAAUGCCAGGUGAUCAAAGGUAGGGCAGGGCAAUUGGCAGGAGAUGGUCAAAUGAUAAAACCUCAAGGAAUGCUUAAAGACUCCAAUUGAUGACUUUGUAGGACGGUGGAUAAUAAUGGAGGUGACAAUGGAACCAUCCACUUCCUUCAGUUCAAUUCUGCUAAGACCUUCUCACCCAACACCCUCAGCUCAGUUCAUUUCAAACACUUUUGUCUAGGUUCUAUUGCCCAUUGUUGUAUGUUAGGGACCCAGGAACCCAGCAGAAAUAUUUAGAAGAGACCUGUUGGCUGCUUUUUAAGUAUCACAAUUGUACGUUUUCCAAUGUCAGCUACACAAACGUCUCUCUGAAGAAUUAUCCAGUAUAAACUGAGAAGCAGAACUAUGGCGCCACUACGAAGAGUGGGCUCCAGGAAUAAAAUUAACAUUUUGUUUUUGAAGUAGAUCAAUCCAGAAACAGCUAUUAAAAGUGGUGUGAACAUUGGGAGCACUGUUGAAACUCCACGCCCAACCCUUAGAGCUGGUGAAAUGUAAAGCCUUGAGUCGCGUCCUAUCAUGUAAGCAUUCACUUCAUGGGUCGGUUAGCUCAGUUGGCUGGACAGUCGGUUUGUGAUGCAAUGUGAUGCCCUCAGCUUAGUUUCAAUUUGCGCAUUGGCUGGGUUACUGUGACAGAUCACUCCUUCUCUACCUGUCUCCUCACCUGAGUGUGAUGAUCCUCAGGUUAAAGUACCAUUAGUCAUCUCUCUCUACUGAGAGCGCGGCCCUCAGUUCCACUAAGAUAAUUGCGGCCUUACUUCUGGAUUGUGUGACACUGCAUGUUAUUGCUUUCAUUGGACGAAAACCUGAGUGGAAUGUAGCAUGUAGAUUGGAACUGCUUCUAAAGUUUCUUUUAUAA